AUGGCUCUCAGCCUGCGGGCAGGCGAGUGGGCAGGGCUGCUGAUCCCGUUGCUUGUCAUUGGGCUGCUGGUGGUGGCCGGAUAUGUUUACUUCAUGCUUGACCGGAGCAAGGCGUUGCGGGCAGCGCCCAAUCGAGCGAACGGCACUGGUCUCACGUCUCGGAGGACCCCAGCGCCAUCACUACCUCCUUCCGUCCGCGCUGUGCCAAGCAUGCCGCGCCCCUCCCAGAGACCAUCAGCACCAUCGAGCUCAGUGACGCGUUCCUCGCGAAACUUGUUUUUGUGCCCUGAGCUCAUAGUGCCUGACAAGGUGGAGUGCACGUUAAAUGUGCCAAGGCUGGCACUUGUCCAAUCGAAUUCGCGGUUGAACGUCACCGACACCAAGGGUGGAUCAGUUUUCCGAGUAGAUUUCUCUCGCGUGCCGGAGCGCGAUGGCACGAGGCUGGUCAUGCGAAGUCCUACAGGGGACGUCACAUUCGGCACAGCUUCCGACAGCCGAGUCACGGAUCGCCAGGGUUCCUCGGCGCAAGCUGCCUUGACAAUCAUCAAUCCGAAGGAUCCUUCGCGGCAGUAUUUACUUCAGCAGAAGUCUGGAGGAGACUUCCAAGUUUCCAACAGUACAGGACAGUUUCUGCGCUUUCUGUCAGUCUCCGGUGGCUACAACGCCAUUGAUGAUCAGGAUCAGCUUCUGGCCUUCGCAGACCCUCCGCAGCGGGAAGCUGAUCAGGUUGCUCGAUGUGGGCCACUGGUCGACGCGGGUUUGAUGGUUAUGUGCUUCCUAGGCAUCGGCGUGCUGCUGAAUGACCAGAGCCAGUCGACUUCACGUUGCAGAUAG